GACAGGCAGCGGACACGCAGCCGACACGCAGCCAACAAGCGUCUAGUGUGAACACCAGACUCCUGCAUCACGCAGCCACCACGCGACGCAGACGCCACGCGCUCCUGAUGCGGGUAGUGUGCCCACGGCUUCAGGCUUUUCUGUGACGUCAUGGAUUAUACUGAGCUGUGAUUGGCCCGUCGACCCGGAAAGGAAUGGAGUCGUGUGGCAUCCACGAGACGACCUACAACAGCAUCAUGAAGUGCGACGUGGACACCCGUAAGGACCUGUACGCCAACACCAUGCUGUCCAGUGGCACCACCAUGUUCCCCGGCAUCGCUGAACGCAUGCAGAAGGAGAUCUCCGCCCUGGCCCCAUCCACCAUGAAAAUCAAGAUCCCUUUACCAAUCGAAUGGACUUUCUACCGUCAUCUGACUCCACCCAAAUGCAACAACUGAUUUGACUGGAUGUCUAUAAGCCAAUCAAGUGGUCCACAUCAUCAGGUAGAGCCACGCCCUCGCUUUCAGCAAGC